GGCUGGACGCUUCGACUUUUCACGUAGCUAGUUACUCUUUUUGUUGACAAUGUUCACGUACAACGUAGUGUGGACAUCAAUUCACAUGUUUUUAACAUUUUACUUCUCGAAGUUGCAAUGCCACCGUGAGUCUGUUGAGAAAAGCUGAGUUUGUGCGCAUAGUCUAGGGGAACUCUAGUUUAAUUUUUCUCUUUUUUUUUUUAUUUUGUCAUUGUUUCUUUGGUGCAGCAAGUUUAGUUGAUGUUCGGCGUGUUGUGCUUUGUGCUUGUGCUCACCAGCACUGGCUUCUGCUACUCAAAAGAUCGAAGCGAGUCGACGUCCCAGCCACAGCUCGGGUGCAAACUCGAGGGUCUGCAGCCUCUUCUCAUCGUCACUUACAAAAACCUCACGACAUCGGUGAGAGAAAUCACAGUGCCACAUGGGGAGAAGGUGACAGUGAGAUGUCGCGAGAUCGGCAAGUACAAAAUCUUCGGCGACACAGUCCUCAAAUGCCGCAACGCCGUCUGGAGUGGAAAACCGCCUUCCUGUAUAGCCACAACUGCCAUAUCUAAUUACACCGAGGAUGUGCCGCCUACGAUACUCUUCGGGCUCCCAGCGGGUUCGGCGACGUUCGAACCCUCGGGCUCCUUGGCCGUCUUUCCUGGGAGUAUCCUGCAUCUCGAGUGUCUCUUUGCCAGGCGCCUCGGCAACCCCGAGUGGACCUGGACCUCGAAUUUUCGACAAUACUUGACUGGCUGGGCGAUUUCCCAGAUUGAAAGGGACUGGAAGUAUCGGCUGUCGAUAUACUACGCGAAAACCCAAGACUCGGGCAUCUAUACCUGCACGACACCUCGAGGCCUCACGAAUUCCAUCAAGGUACACGUCGUCGAUGUGCACUGCCCGCAGCUGAAGAAACCAGAGCCACCUCUGAUUGCGAAGAUAGAAGGUCCGCGACUCGGCGAGGCUGCGACGUUCGAGUGCCCGCACGGCUAUCGGCUCGAGGGAGCAUCGAGCAUCACUUGCCAAUACAACGGCAAAUGGUCGGCUAACAUGCCGCGCUGCGAAGCGAUAAUAUGUCCGCCCAUUCAGCCCAUGAACCCCAAGCUACUGCUGCUCGAACACAACAACACUUACAGCGGCCGGGCGAUCUUCGCUUGCAUGUGGGGCCACAAACUCAUUGGGCCCAAAAAAAUUAAGUGCACGAGAAACAACACCUGGAGCGGACCGGUGCCCAAGUGCUUGGAGAUAACGUGUCCAACGCCCGAGACGCCCAUAAACGGGGAGCUGAUGGACAACCAACAGCAGCAGUGGUCGAGGCGCAAGGACCAGACGCACAGGGUGGGCUCGUUGGUGCGCUUCUCGUGCCUGACCGGACACCAGCUCGUUGGCCCCGCCUCGGCCAUCUGCACCGAAAACGGCACGUGGUCGCACCAGCCGCCAAUAUGUGACGUGAGGUGCCCCUAUCCGGGCGACCCGAUCCACGGGCGCAUAGCGCCACUGAAGUUCUGGUACAAAUCGGGCGACACCAUACAGGUGAGCUGCUCGCCGGGCUACGUGACGCCGCUCGAGCCAGUGCGGAAACCAACUUGUCAAGAAAACGGCCAGUGGAGCGAUCCACCCCCGCCGUGUCGGUCCUACAGGGACGUGUGAUGAUGGCCAUAUGGUGGGGAUAUUAUUUUUCGUAAUGAUGAUUCGGAGGAUAUGCCAAAGGGAAACACAUAAAAAAAAACUUUAAAUUGAAAUCACGAGGAGAUAGUAAUACCAGGAUGAUAAAACGGUGGAAAGGAUAGGAGUAGGAUCAAUGAAAAAAGUGUGAACGUUCAAGGAAAGGUGAAGGAGAGAGGGUGUCCACGAGACGUGACCUGUUUGUUUGCAACUGCUGCAGCCACCACAGCACUGGAGAAAAAUACACAGUCAACUUCACGGGAGUUCCUGCCAAAAAAACUAUGACUGUCGUUUCUUUUUUUUCACACUCAUGCACGUGCAUAUACCUUCUCUGUUUCCAUUUCAAAAAUACAUUUUUUUAUACCUUUUGGUUUUCACGCAGGAAUAUGUUUUUGUUUUAUUUUAUCUUUUAUCCGUUUCGACACUAAAUGCAAAUGAGAGAGGAAUAAUGGAUAGAGCUAGCUUGCACAGUUCGUGUACAAACAUUUUUGGUCACGAAGUGCUGCUGCUGCUACGCAGAUGCAAAUGUGCUAAUGCUACUGGUCAAUAUAAAACUGCACUCGUCUGAAAAGUGAAAGGCAGAAAUUUGUGUAUUGGUAUAAAAAAAUAUGAGUGCACAUCUAUGGGUAAGAAAAAUAAAAAAAUCAUUGUAAGGAUGGAAAGGUGUUGAGAGCGAGGGGAGUGCUUUUUUCUGUUUGGGAUUGCGAAUUUUUUUAAAUUGGUAUAAAUAGAAGGUAACCGACCAACCAAGUAUAGUUGUUUUUGCGUCAAACUAAUGCUCAAGUAUGAGCAUGAAAACUUGUUUGUCUCUGUCUCUCGUCUCUUUAUUCUAAUUCAAAAGUAAAAUAUUUCCAUCCGACUAUGUUGUCACUAUUGCUCAACCGCGUGCUAUUGGAGCUUUUUGAAAAAAAAAACGAGCAGGUGGUAAGUACAGGUGAGGAUUUGUACAUGAAUAAGUAUAUAAACUAAUUUCUAGACUUGCCAGCCAACCCAAAAAAGAAAUCUAUUUACAUCAGGUACACUAUUUUCUGGCCAUAUUUUUUUUAUCUUGCAUGCAAGUACAAAUGUUAUUCAUUUAAUAUUUAUUACUGUUGCACUUAUUACUCAUAGUAGCUCAAAAUUAAUGCAGAAAUAGCUAUGAAGAGAAAAAAUAUGUUGCAAUAAGUUGGUGUCAAUUUUUCGAUCAAAAACUUGUUUUUUCACAUUUUUUCUAAACGUGCUUGAAACCAAAGAUCAAAUCAUUAUUUCUUAUCAUGUUGUGAUCGUUAUUCUGUCAAGAUCCAAUCUUAUAUUGGUGUUCAAAACAAAAAAAAUUGUGUCUAUAGAUUAAUCGCUGGCUUGAUACCAGACUAGAUUCACGCUCGCGAGCGUCUGACCAAACGCUGAUCUCUACUACUUGAUUCUCGUCUCCUUUCCUACCCAUACUUCCAGAUCUUUUUUGAGGACCGAUUUUGUUUACCACUAUCAGGUGGGCAUUACAAGCAAAAGUCAAAAGGUGGAGGUGCCAAAAAAGUUGUCGGACACGUUUGUCACCAUUAAAACUCGCUCAUCGACAGACCCCGGUCCUCUCCUCCAAUCCACAUAGUACAAACCGACGACAAGCCACUAGACGUGUGGAGCGAGAGGA